AUUUGGGUCGGGUGGUGGAGGACGGGCGCGCGCGCUUGCUGAGUGCUGAGAGAGACACUGGAAAGAGUGCGCUGCGCUCCAACGUCACCUGUCACUUGCUGCGGUGACGGCACCAAGUGACCACCUGCUCAGCGCAUGAGAGGUGGGGCCGCCGUUCUGCGCUGCGCAGCACGCCGCAUCAACCUUUAUGAGCCAGUCUUCAGGGGAAUGCAAUCAGAACAACGCCAGAGGCGUCUCCCGCACCACGGUUCAACCUGUCGGGCAAGCCGUGACAGCGGGAAAGCCAUCAAAGACAGUUCUUUUUUGGCUGGAGAGCACGACUCGGCGGCUCCAAAAGUGGUCCCGAUGUGGGAAUGCCAUCUCGUCUGGCGCGUUUGAGGUCCGGCAGCCCAAGCCCCAUCCGGGAGCCCCUCGCAUGGCGGUCACGGGACCCGGGACCAAACACCAGCAGAGAGAGGGGGACGCAAGAAGAGAGAAAGGAAGAAGAAGAUCAUCUGCGGUGGAAGUUCGCCAUGUGGGCAACGUGGGAAGGCGUCUUCCUCUGCAGGCCGCGUGCGGGUGCCUGUCGCUCUCGGAAAGAAACUGCCAGCCACUUUUCUGCUUUUGCGGCAAGACGACACACGAGCUGAAAGAGCAAGCAGGGUUGCUUUUUAUCGCGCAUCACCGUCAAGUAUCGAAGGGAAAUAGCAAAACGGCCACGGUGCAUAAAAACCUCGGGAGACCAUCGUCAUCAUCGUACUGUCACUCACCGCGUGGGGAGCUCGCGAGCCAUCGAAAAGGAAAGCUCCUAAUGGGUGUCGCUUGCAUGCAUUAGUUGCCUUGGUCACUCGCUCAAGGGUCAUGGCUCAUCAAGGGUCAAAGAACGAGCCCAGGGUCAUACAGGGCAAAGAGUACGAGGCGGCACGAAGUACAGGCCACAAGGAUUAAAAAGGUUAACAGUACGUGUGCAUUAGCAGAAUCCACACGGCCUUAUUCUAGCAAUCCUAUUCGCCAGAUUAAGCAGAUGUACUCUCUUCUUCAAUUGGCUGAGAGGUACCUCCGGAAAUACG